UCAUUCGCACCCGCACACUGGCCUGAUCUGCCUUUCCCACAUGAAAACGAAAAAGCAACGACUUGGUGGAAAUUUUGUGCAUAUCGUGCUCCGUUAAAAAAUACAAAUUGUUUGAAAGUAAACACACCACACGAAAGAGUCGAUUUCGGGGAAUCUUUUGCGAUAUUGUUUGUGAAAAUCGAAGUGCGUUUAGUCUGCGAAAAUCGCCAUCGAAAACAGGCACCAAAGCAAUUUUGCGGCCGCCGCUGUGUGUGUGUGACAAGAAAAAAUGCUCUUGUGCUGGAAGUGAACAAAAAUGCGCUCGCGCUCGCCAUUUUGACUCGAGCUACAACCAAUUUUGUACCCAUUAAUACCGAUCCCUAAGCGCAUAAAAGUGUAGGCAAAGAGGGGAUUAACACACGUGUUUCAAUAGUGCAGUGCAGUGAAAAAUACACACAAACUACGAAUACAGCACUCACACUAGGCAACCCAUACACACGUUGCGGCUACGUGCUUUUUGCUAUUCAAGACUUCUUUUUUUGGCGGCCCUCUAGGAGGUGACAGCCAGAAGAGUACUGUGGUGAGGAGUAGUGGGCGAGAGGCAACAGUCGGCUAUCUGUGCGGGGUUCGGCACCGGUGAUAGCGGCAACGUCGACACUAUUGCACCUGCCUACCUGGUUGGGUUUCUAUGAAAGGAGUGUGUCCCACUAUAACAAUAACAGCCAAGUUACUCCUAAGAUGGCGCAUAACUCUUCAGCAGCAGCAGCAGCGAGCGGUGCAGCUAAAACGGAUGAAGUAAACUUCUUCUUUCAAGAUGAGCAUGGACAAAUAGCCACAAUGCGGAAGCCGGCACAAGUGAAAUCCGAAAUGCAUAGUGGAAAAUCUUCCGUAGUGUAUGCCACCAGCUCUUCCGCGCGCAACAGUGUCAGUGGCAAUGGCAGUGGCAUUGGCACCGUUGGACGCAUGGGCGCGUUCAGUCAGAUGGGCUCCACAAAUCAGGGACAGUUCAUUCGAUUGCAGGACAACGGUACGGUCAUUCCAAAAACAGAAAAUACUUCAUACACAACUGGGUCGGCACAGAAGAGCGCCAGCGGGGGCGGCGGCAUGUACGACGGGAUAAAGGAACGCUUUGAGAGGUUUACGCCAAAUAAUCCCAUUAAAAUUAAGUCAAGACUCCAUGCCAUACAGAGCAACCACUCAACUUCCGCCUCAUCCUCGACAGCACAAAAGAAACGCAAGCCGGACAAGGCCGGCAAGGGUCUGCGCCACUUCUCGAUGAAGGUGUGCGAGAAGGUUGAGGAGAAGGGCAAAACCACAUACAAUGAAGUGGCCGACGACCUCGUCAGCGAAGAAAUGAAAAACAAUGCAUACGACAGUAACUGUGAUCAAAAGAAUAUCCGACGUCGUGUCUACGAUGCGCUCAACGUACUGAUGGCAAUCAAUGUUAUAUCCAAGGAUAAGAAGGAAAUACGCUGGAUAGGACUGCCCGCCAACUCAGCGGAGCAAUUUCUGGCGUUGGAAGAGGAGAAUAGUCUCCGGCGGGAGCGUAUCAAACAGAAAAAUGAUAUGCUGCGCGAAAUGAUUAUGCAGCAUGUAGCAUUCAAAGGCCUAGUCGAGCGAAACAAGCAUAAUGAGAGCCAGGGCGUGGUGCCCUCAGCCAAUGCAUCCUGUCAGCUGCCGUUCAUCAUAGUUAACACGCACAAAUCGACCAAGAUCAACUGCAGCGUGACCAACGACAAGUCCGAAUACAUAUUCAAGUUCGACAAGACAUUUGAAAUGCACGAUGACAUUGAAGUCCUCAAGCGUAUGGGCUUCUGUUUGGGCUUGGAUAAGGGUAAGUGCACGCCCGAAAACAUUGAGCGCGUGAAGAAUUGGGUCCCACCAAAUCUAGCCAAAUAUGUAGAAGCUUAUGGAGCCGGAAAAACUGGAGAAACCAUGUACGAUUCCGACGACGAGGAUACCGAAUUCACAGUGUACAAUGAUUCUCAAAGCUUGUCACAAAACACAACACAGCGCACCAUUGGUGACGGUCUCAAGCUGGAGCUGGACGAUGACGAGCUGGAGGAUGACAUAGAUUGAGCUGACGAUGCCGCUCACAUUGCACAUGCAAUGGCCGAUGCGGACGGGGAUGCAGAAGAUUCAUUUAGUUUUACGUUUAUCAAUGCUUUGCUAGGUUUGCCACGUCCCCCACACGGUUAAACUUGUCGGCUCCCCUAUCACCCUACCACCAUCCCACCCACAGUUGGUUUUUUUUUUUAAAUUUCAAUGAGACUUUAUUAAGUUAUACAAUAUUGCUAUAAUUAUCGUCUAAACAACAUGGGGGAAAAUCAUAAGUGAAUGGUGUCGCAUACCCAUUUUCCCUUGGAUCUUUAAAGAUUUAUGUUUAAGCUGAAUGAGUUUUUAAAAAGUAAUUUGUCUAUAUUAUAAGCAAAUAUUGUUUCUUAGUUGUUACGAGUCGUCUCCCCUUUGCCGCCCCUCCUCCUUUAAUGGGUAAUACUAAAGCGAAAGCGAUAAUGUUAUGGGUAAAUUUCUCUGGAUAAUACAAUACACCCAAAUUUUUAAACACAACCAAAACGAACUGGAAUUAUUUGUACGAUUAGAAGACAAGAAUGGCAGGGCAUCCAAUACAUACAUAUGUAAUAUGUUUUAUUCAAUCAUCCUCAAAAGUGGAAGGUCUUUGACAAUUUCUCAGCCCCAAAACAUUUAAUUUAACAAAGAAACGGAGAUGGAAUGAAUGCAAAUAAUCAACCUACCAAUUUAGCAAUAAUACGAGCGAAAUAUAAAUUUUCAGAAUUUAUAUAAUCUUCAAGUGAAUACAGAGAAGCAUACAAAUACAAAUACAAAUUAGUAGACAAGUCAAAUAGAAUGCGUUUAAAUAUAAGUGUCGAGUGCAUGUAGCUGUGUAAUAAAUCGGAAUAAUUAAUGAUUGGAUUGAAUUGCAUAUUGCUGCAAUGGGAAUAACUGACAAACAAACGAAUUAAUAAAGCGGAUUGCAUAUUGUAAAAUAUGAUAUAAACAAA